AUGGGCUUCUCGCUGAUGAAGCUGAUGCAUCCGAGAAUCCUUGUACCUCUUCUUCUCUUCGCGGCUAUCCCUGGAUAUCGCCUCACGGCACAGCCGCCAGCAACAAAGCGGACAAGAACCUUGAAGAUUCGCAUGUUUUGGGUCCGGCACGGCCUCUCCUGUGCCAACAUCCUCCAGUCGAAGUGCACGAAGGAACCUGCCCUCGCGCAGCGGCUCUUCAGCGAGAAACGGCCCGAGCUGGAGGCAGCAGUCCGACGCCACUUCGCCGUGCCCGGCGCACUCAACGGGGGUGCCGCCGAAGAGCUGCGGCUGGGCCAUAACUUCAGCCAAGAGGCCUACAUUGACGACGACUACCAGAUCCACUCCGCCGGAAGAGACAGUUUCACAGGCUUCUAUGAGAUCCACAACGAGGCUGGCGAUCCGGCCCAGGCACCCAAGCUGUGCACCACACGAAUUCGUCGUUUCCGCUCUGACGGCGAACUGCACUCCUGGAUGGGCAAGAAGAGCAAUAAAUGCAAGCAAAGCUGCAAGGCAGAAGCUUGCUGUGGGGGCAUCAUCCCACUGCAUGGUCUCUACCAAGACCCCUUCCUUACGGACUGCGCGGCAUAUCAGUCCCAGGCGGCGGGACUGCAGCUCCUUUCGCAUCUAGCAGAGAUCGGGCAGCCAAAGCUGGACAUGGUCGGUUCAAGCAAUCUCAUGCGGGCAAUGGAGACGGCGUAUAACAUGUUUUUCCUGGGCCCGAAAGGGAAGCCGCAGUUGCAAGCUUUGGUGCCAAAUGCUCUGGUACCUGUACCCUACAUGAUUGAGAAGCAUCAUGGAGAGCAUGGCUUCGUGCAGAUGGACAACCUUCCGUUUCCGUCGGCACAGCAGCUGGACAUGUUGAAGUCCCGGCACGGCAAGAAUUUCACCGAUCUGAUUGACGCCGCUUUCGAGCACCGCGGCUAUCCACGCGAGGAGCAGCAGUGGGAGAAGUUCAAAGCACUGCUCGCGAUGGAAUUGGCACCCAAGCUCCGGCCACAGCUGCUGCAGAGGCCCCCUCCGGAUCCUCGCGAUGCGUUGGAUACGCAGCUGGAGAAGGAGUCCCAUGCCGGGAGUCGUGGCUUGAUGGCCAAGGGCGUGACAUUCAACAGCGCGAUGGAGGAGAGCUACCGACUCGGCGGGGACUUUGCAUGGGAGGAGUACCAGAACGUCUCAGGAGAUCUCCCUGAGGUGAACAUCGCACUUGUCGGCCACAGCCAGACCAUGCUUGAGUAUUGUUUCCGUGAGAAGCCCAACAACAAUGCGGUUUACGAGAAGCUUUUCAUCUUGGAGGUGUCUGAGGACAUCACCGCCGAUCGGCGGGAGUUCGUCAUGAGGGAACUGGCUGCUGAUGGAGUCACACUGGCGAGUGGUGAGAUGGUCGGCUGCAAACAGGUCAUGGAGGUGCCGGCACAGGAGAACGUUUUCGCCACAGCGGCGCACUGGUCAACAGAGAAGAGCACCGUGAUGCGGCGACCUGCACAAAAGGCGCCUGGGACGACACGCCGUUUCUUCACUUCGAUCUCCCUGGUACGACCGAAGGAGCUACACAGUGUGAGAAGCCGUUUGCCGAUCCGAGCAAUUUUGCAUUUCCUUGGAUUCGUGGCUGAUGGCUUCCAACGUUUUGCAAACGGCAUCGUUUGA